CUCUUUGUAGCUGAGGAUUUUCUGGUCAUCUGGAGGAUAUUUGUACUUAUCAUGGACAAACAGAGAAUUCGGAGAUGGAACUAACCUGGAAACUAGACCGAGUUCCGAGACCAGGCUCUGCCACAGUUCGUGUGACAGACUUGGGCUUGCAAGGACUCUUGAAUCCCAGUCCAUCAGUUAGAGAUGAUGGAGACUUACUAGUGGAUGAGUAUCUUUCUCCUUGUAAGCUGGUGACACUGACAGGGUUAGAUGAUCUGCGACAAGUGAGGGCCCUGGAGAUGCGUGUUGACACAAGAGAGAACAGCCUGGGAAACUUUGGUGUUUAUCUCCCGAACUUAAAACAAUUGAAACUGAACAACAGUGUGCUUACAUCUGUGAGGGACCUCGGAACGGCAUUGUCACAUCUUCAAGUCCUUUGGAUGGCUCGCUGUGGGCUUUCGGAUUUAGAUGGCAUCUCUUCCUGCUGUUGUUUGAAGGAACUUUACGUUGCCUACAACAAUAUUGCUGACUUAAGCCCAGUGAGCCUGUUGGAACAUCUUGAGAUUCUAGACCUAGAAGGAAACAGCAUUGAGGACAUUGGCCAGGUUCAAUAUCUAGGGCUCUGCACCAAACUGACGACUCUUACCAUGGAAGGGAACCUUAUGUGCCUGAAACCAAGUCCACAAUCUACAGAGGUCCCAGACUACAACUACAGAGCUGAAGUGAAUAAACUCAUCCCUCAUUUAAAGAGUUUGGAUGAAGUACCAGCAAACCAAACUGCCAUUCCAUGUAAAAUGAACAAAGAUUGGCUAUUGGUCAAGGAAUCCAUAAAAGAAGGAAGUAUCAUUGAAGAGGCAGCCGAUUCUCAUUCAGGAUCAGUAACAAGAAGACCAUGUUCUGCUGGAAGACCUGCCACAAGUAAUUUCUUAUCAGCUUCCAGACCACAGACUGCGCAGAGACCUCCUACUGCUCAUCUACUCUCUAGUAAUAACACCUUCGCGGAGCCCACAGUUUCUGAGGAGAUAGCACCAGAAGAUGAUUCCAGUGACUUGACACAUGGUGUCAGCCGAGUUAUAUGUGGGAACCCUAUCAAAGCUCUUCACGCACGGAGACAAAAACUAGGUUCUACAGCAACGAACACAUUCCAGCCACCGUGUCAUCCAGACGGCUCUGAAGAAGCCAGGGAUGUGAAUGUGGAAGACAUCUUUGCUGAGCUGAGAAUUUGGACAGAGCAGUAUAACCAGUGCCCACACGCCAUCCCAAGGGAGAAGGCUCUCCAGGUGCUGAAAGUGACACACAGUGACGAAGAGGAAGAAGCGUGGAGCCUGAGUGACAGCUGUGAUGAAGACUCGAAAGAAGUGAACAGCGAAGACCUGAAGGAAAAGAUGCCUCCAGAUUCUUCCUCCCAGUCCGGCGUUUCUCAGUCGUCCUCAGAUUCAUUGCACGCCUCGGAAAAUGCAUUACCUGCUCUUAUAAAGCACCCUCUUGUACCUUCUCCUCCAAAAUGUCCCUCGCCUGCAUCCAUACAGGGUGUGAAGGGUGGGCUUGUCAGAGGCAGGCGUUUGAAAGUUUCCAGCUCAGAAAAGGGAGCUCUGCUGAAGCCAACUUUUUCAUCAACUGUGAACAGAGAUGUAGUGAAGCAUGUGGUUGAGAAGACUACUGUUCUUAGUCUCUGCGGAAAACCUGAUGCCUCAUCUAACAUAUCCAUAUCAGGACAGAGGUAUAGGACUUGUGGCAGCAUCAGCAAGCCAACCAGAAGGCCCAUUUCAGGACCAGCAGCAAUGGGAUCAACAAACAUCAGAGCCAUUGUGGAGAGCAGUCUUCACAAGAUGAUCAGCCCUCACCACCCAGCUGUCCACUCGUGCACAAAAACGCCGGAGACGCUUGCCGUGCUGAACGUGGGCCGUCCUCCGACCGCCAAGGCUUCCCUGCAGAGCCUGCCGAGCAGGCCGAAUCUCUCUAUGAUAACUCAGAGCAAGUUUCCUGAGCUGUAG